AUGGCGGCGACUCCCUCCCACGGCCGCUUCAAGUUCACUCCCUCCAACUCUCCCUUCUUAGCUCGCCCAACUCGGUCCUCCAGGUCACCCAUGCGCGGUCGCACCACUUUGAAUGACUCCUCCAAGCUCUCCUUGAAGCGUGUUAUCGGCACCACUUGCUCCUCGCCCACGGGCUUCGACACACUACCCUCCUCGUUCGCUUAUAUCGCUGGCGGCGCUGUCGUUGUGGUGGAUGUUAAUGGCGAGAAUCAUACCCAGCGCUUUUACCGAGCUCGACCAACUGCUGUACCUUUGUACUCGGUAGCAACAUUUCAGAAUACACCUUCGACACCGACAGGAACUCCCAAGGCCAACGACAGCCGUGGCCGUGUUGCACCGAGCUUUCGAAACUCACCUCAUGCCCCCACUGACUGGAACGAAUCUCCCGGAAGCAACACAUGGACCAGUCGUGAACGAAUCAAAGCUGCUACAUGUCUCGCGCUGAGCCGAGAUGGCAAAUAUUUGGCUGUUGGCGAGACUGGAUACGCUCCUCGCGUCCUGAUUUUUAGCUUGCACGAUACUUCUUCGGAUACCCCCCUCAUCUCUAUUAGUGAGCAUGCUUUUGGCGUCACAGCCGUAGCAUGGUCCUCAGACACUCAGUACUUGGCAUCCCUUGGUGCCGCCAACGAUGGAUUUAUCUAUGUUUGGAAGGUCGACCCUCGCACGGGUGCGGCCAGGCUCUUCAAACAGAACAGGUGCACAUCCUAUGUCAAAGACAUGGUCUGGAUGGGCAACUGUCUCAUUACGCUUGGAGUCCGCCACGUGAAGAUGUGGAAGCCCGAUGACGGGCCAGCCAUUUCUCCUACGAAGCAAAAAUUCUUGAAUGACCAGCCACCGGCGUCGACUCCUCCCUCUCAGAGAACCCUGCCAGGGCGUAAUAUCUUGCUGGGGUCUCUUCUGGAAACUACUUUUACUUGCGCUGCUGUUGUCAAAGACUCCGGCCUUAUCCUCUGCUCUGAAACGGGCGAUGUGUGCAUUCUGGAGGAUGACGACAGGCAGAUGAGGUUACAAAAAGUCCUUGGUCUGGACUUUUCUAUCACCUCGAUUGCCAUCCGAGGCAAUCUUGCCUACAUUGGAGGCAAAAACGGUCAUUUUGCCGUGCUGGAUGCCGUGGCUGUCUUGGACGGCAAGCCCGCAUCAGCAUGCAUCCGCGAGACGACAGCGCCCUCCACAGGGCACGUCGCGCUAGGAUUUCUGGCGGACAAGCUCGUGACUAUCGAUUCACGGCAUUGUAUCGACAUCUGGAAUUAUGACCAUGUUCCGGGCAAGGAUGCCCAAGCUGUGGCCAGCGUCCCUAUUCCUGGCCAUGGACAACCAGUUACGGGCAUUCAAAUGCUACAGAAGCCGAAUUAUCUGGACGCAUCGUUCCUGACUUGGACAGUCACAGGCAAUGUUACUUUCUGGACACUGGAAGGCCAAGUCAAAGCCUGUGUUGAUGUCCCGAUUGAGAUCACCGAGUCGGAGAAUGACCUGGUGGGACCUAUCAACCAGCUAACGUGCGCUCGCACAACGAGUGAUGGCAAGCUGCUCGUCUCAGCAGACCGACUUGGUGUCCUGCGCGUCACCGACAUUGCGACAAAGGACUCCAUACUCGACAUCAAAGCUCACACGGCCGACUGCCGUUGCGCGAGCGUUUACGAUACCGGCUCAAAGUUUCUCAUGGCUUCUUGCGGUAGGGACCGCACCACACAACUUUUCCACCGGACAGUGGAUGGCUCUAUCGAGCACUUCCAGACACUGGAAUUUGCUGCCAAGGUCGUUCAAGUCCUCAUUCCAUCUGACGACAAGGUGUUGACCUGCUCCUUUGACCGGACGUUGCAAAUAUACGACAUUAUUACAAAAGAAGGCGAUCCAGAUGCUAUCGCUGCCAUUCCUUCUAGGGUUAUUUCACUAAGAGCUUCUCCCAGUUCCAUGGUCCUGGGCCCCGGCCAAAGGACCGUAUUUGUUUCGCUUUUGGAUCGAUCCAUUUGCCAAUACGACCUCAACACGGGUCGCAAGAUUUCUUGUUUCAAGUGCACGGACGAGGGCAGGGGAGACUCUGCUGUUCUCGACUCGCUCUCCUUUGGCCAAUGGCCACCCAAAGACCAGGAUUUUCUAUUAGGGACAUCCAACACGGACAAGUCCAUCAGGUUAUACGACGCCCAAACGGGGAGUUUCUUGGACCGCGAAUGGGGACAUACGGAAGCAAUCAACGGGGUUUGCUUGGUUGAGGAUGAAGACGGAAGCCGCAAGGUAGUGAGUGUUGGUUCGGACGGGACCAUGAUGAUUUGGUUGCUGGAUCUGAACGAUCCAGUCCCCGGUUCGAUGAGUAGGGAUCCGUCGCCGGCCAAGGAUAUUGUUUCUGGACGACCGCCACUCCGAAGAGUAUUGUCAAAAGCUGAGCUGGCCGAGUUUCAGCGCCCUUCGACAGCAUCAGGUCGAAGAUCACCACCACGGACGCUCCAGCGACGGACUUCUCGAUUCAAUUUGGCUGCGAGUGUGACAAGGACGCCGACAAACACCUUCCCAACGAGCCCUGGAAGCACAGCUGUUGAAGAUACACCCUCACGACGACCUUCAGGAGACAGCCGGGUCAGCCCUCCAGUUAGUCCCAGAGCAAAGGUCACUCGGCGGCCAUCACUCCCGGCGUUGGGGACAACUGCUCGCAAGAAGACAUCGUCCUCCAACCUACGGUCUGGUUUCGGAUCAUUGAAUAUGGCGACAGAACAGACCUGUCGUCAGUUGCGAACAUACCGAAAGAAACUUGCUUCCUCGGAACCCAUCAGUCAAGACAACCUGACCGAACUGGAUCAGGAGCUGCGAUUGACAGCGGCUGCGCUUGGCGAUCGGGCCAUUCGAAGCAAGGCGAUGAACGAGACGGUCUUGAGUGGCUUACUCGACCAAUACUCGGAGAGGCUGACCGUGACCGUGGCGCCGGUUCAUCUUCUUGCGAGACGUGAAGGCCCCCUGGAUAGCUGGCGAGGUGGACCGCGGGGCAUGAAUCAACCGGCCGCCUACACGCCCCUCGAGUCGCUGUUGCUAUUCCAGUCGGUGGUGACCAAUGGAGUCGACACUGGGGCCUUCGCGCGCAUCUCGGAGUCUCUGAUCAGCAACUCGCUCAUCAAGGAUGAUCCUACAUACGAUCCCACGCGACUGCAGCCGGAUGCGCUGCAUCAGCUGUUCCUGCUGUUGCUAAGGGAGGAGUUGAGGACCGAGGCGGAGCGCGGGGAUGCGACAGCAGAUGGAUCACCAGGGUCAAGGAAGAGGAAGUUGGGGACACCGCCGCUGCCGACGCUUAAGGAGGUCUACGAAAAUGUCGAAAAAAUACCUGCGCUUGUCGAGACACUCUACGCACGAUACCGCGAAAACAUCGUCAAGCAGAUCCGCGAGGACGAGCGGCGAUUCGAGAAUGUCCGUGGUGAGAUUCAGCUGCUUGAGCGGACUGAGAGAGAGCGACGCGCAAGGGCGGCAAGUCAGAAUGGAACACCGGUGCUCGCCUCGCGGGAUGCGAAGCCUGUCCUCGCGCCCAACGGGCCAACCGCAUCACCGACUCCAACCCCGAACUCUACGACGCCGGCAACUGUGCGGAGGGGACCUACACCGCAUACGCCCGUGAUCCCACCAAAGCCUCCGAUUUCUCACGUUGCGCCACCAACUGUUACUCCGCCGAGUCAUCUUCCCUCUGGGACGCCGCCAGUCCGACCUACAGCACCUUCAAAGCCUCCUAAUGGGAGUGGUUCUGUUCUUCAACCUCCCGCAGGUGUCCCCCAAACUGGUCCACGACCGCUGCAACCACCGCAAGCGCACCCUCCAAAGCAAGCACUUACUCCACGGCCCGAGGUUGGAAUCAAACCAAAGGAAGCCAAUGCGACUCCUCAGACUGUGACCCCGGUAGCGGCUCCCCUCAAGUGGGAGAAGCCGUAUCAGCCUCCUCAAGCAGCUCAUACGACACCACAACGACAACACCAGCCUCCUACACAAGGACCGACGGCUCCUCCCGGGGUACAACAGCAGCAACAGCAGCAGCAUCAACCACAACAGCCACACCAUCAACAGCAGCAGCACAUACCACACCCGCAACAGCAACAGCAUUGGUACCCUCAGCAAACUGCUCAGUUUUCUCCUCAAACUGCUGCUCAACCUCGCCCUCAGACACCGCAACACGCUCAACACCAGCCUCGACCACAGGCACCUGCUCAACAUCCACCACAGGCCCAGCAGGCCCAGCAGGCCCAGCAGGCCCAGCAGGCUCAGCAGGCUCAGCAAGCUCAGCAACAUGCCCAGCAACAUGCUCAGCAGGCUCAGCAGGCGAAACCGCAGCAUCAGCAACGACCAAAUCCCCCUCAAACUCCCCAAACUCCCCAGCACCCGCAGCCGUCUCUACCACAGCAUGCCACUCCCCAACAGGCUCAACAUCCUUCACCGGCACAGCGUGCUCAGCAAGCUCUGCCUGUUCAACAGACUCAGCAGGCCCAGCAGGCCCAACAGGCCCAGCAUACCCCAGCCACUCACCAACCGCAGCCGCCACGACCACAGCAACAGCAACAGCAGCAGCCGCCACGACCGGCUUCUCACAAACCGGUCCUUGUGCCUCCUCAGCAUGCGGGACAACUGGCACCCCCUUUGCAGCCAGCUCCUCCACGACCAAGUGGCGAAACCAAUGUUCAAGCCCCUCAAGCUCGACCAGCGUCAACCACGCCUGUGCCGCACCCAAGCCGCCCUAUCCAACCGCCACAAGGACAAGCACAGCAGGUUCCUCGUCAAAUUGCUUCAGCCUCGCCGACUCCUUCUGCAGGAAGUACUGGCCCUAUUGCUCCACCACAACAAAGAUGGCCACCAGGAUAUGUGUCUCAACAGGCACAGCACCCCUCGCCGUCUGGUUCUCCUGCACCGCUGGCAUCGAAAGCGGAUAACAAAGCUUAUACUUCUCCUUAUGUUGCUCAACCCCCACGGCCUGCGAUUCCUGAACAUAUUAUCCGCCAAGCCGUCAACACACCUGUCAAGCGGCUUGGAACACCUUCUACACCACAUACCCCAAUUUCAGCUACGCCAACACAUCUCACCCAUGGUUUUGGAACUAGAUGGGCCUCACAAUCGACGCCUUCCACUCCACGUCCCCUUAGUGGGGAACCCCAAAGUCCCGCGUACGAGCCGGUUAGCCCUCCUCAAAAGCCGGCAGCCCUGCCCAGCUCUGCUGGCUCAACACCAAGACCUUCCAAGCGACAGGCCCCCAAGUCGGUACCGAAGACGGAGCCCAAUGUUCCCAAGUCUAUUCGAGGACGAUCGGCUCGAGCGGCACCCAAGAGCCGCGGGAUUAGUGCUACUCCGUCCUUGACUCGAUCCAGACGUAGUCAGUCUGUCAUGUCUCAUACGGAUGAUCACACGACGCAACCCUCUGAGUCGGCGCCCAAGAUCAAGGAUGAGGAUGCGACACCUCGGCCUACAGAGGACACUGGUGAUACCACAGCAGACGAGAGUGUUCCCGGUCGACCCCUGAUUGUGACCCCGAGCAGCGUGUCGUCGCGACUGCAGAAGCGAAAGCGACAGGAUACGCCCUUGGAGCCUCCGCCGGCGACGACGCAAGUCCUGUGGACUCGUGGUUUCACCAAGGUUUCCUCGUCGGCUCUGGACCAGAUCUCGAGCCACCGUGAUGCCAAUAUGUUCGCAACUGCCCUUCGGGAGAAGGACGCGCCCAACUAUCACCAAAUUGUGCUGCAGCCACAGGAUAUAACGUCUAUCCGCUCUGCUAUCAAGCAUGGUAAUAAAGCAGCCGUCCAGGCUGCCGCGGGCCUACCAGGUGGCGACCCUGGCACAGCGCACGUGUGGUUGCCGCUGUCUGACGAGCUCGUCCCUCCAAAGGGGAUCAUCAACAGCGCCCAGCUUGAACGUGAGCUUGUCCACAUGUUCUGCAAUGCCAUCAUGUACAACCCCGAUCCCGACCGUGGCCCUGGACCAGCGUUUAUGAAACGGUCCCAGGACGAGGAAGAAGAAGUAGUGGGCUAUCGCCUCGACGAGAACGGCGUGGUGAAGAACACCCGCAGCAUGUUCGUCGAGGUUGAGAAGCUCCUGGGCGAGCUACGGAGCGCGGAAAAGGAGCGCAGCGCGCCACCGCCGUCUACCAACCGUCCUGCAAGUGUUGCCACGCCCGCCGAGGAGACGGGCGAUGAUGAUGACGAGCCAGGCGAGCGCGAGACGGGGACGGUUAAGAGACGUCGAAUUGGAACCAGGGGAUGA